AUGGAUCUUCGCAGCCCUACUGGCCAGCAUGUGCGACGUAGAGAAGAGCGUCAAACAUCUGGUCACCGAGGCCAACUUGAGAUUGGUUGGGCUUCUGGCUCCUCACUAGGACGUGAGGGAGUCCAUGACAUGGCAUCCGAAGACAUGUUUGAUAUGUACACUGCACCCGAAGCUCCUGAUGCUCCUGCGAGCAAGAAGAAAGCCAGCAGGCAGCAUCACGUGGAAUGCAGCAAAGCACCUCCGGCCAAGAAAACCCGCAUUGCGGACCCUCCGGAAGCUAGACCUUCAACAAAUACAACACCACCUCCUUCUCCCCUCGAGCAACAGACUCUGCCUACACCAGUUGGGCCGGCCCCUUCCCCACCGACUCCAGCUGACCAGACUCAGCUAGCUGCCCUUGCUCCAACAGGGGAUGACUUAUCAAGCCGCGCUCUAAGAUCAGCAAAGGACAGGAUGGCAAGGAUUCUGAGGCACGAGCGCUGCCGAGAAGCCAUGGCUGGGACAGAGUCGAUGGAUGUCGACCAGAUCUUAAAUUGCGCACUAAAUGAGCUCGUCAGUCUUGAGGCAGCUCAGAAGGCAAACGCGACAUUGCUCGAGGAGAAAAAUACACUGGCUGAGGAGGUGAAGGGAAAGCAGACUGCCUUGGACAAAGCCAUCGAAGCCAAGGAGAAGUACAAAGAGUCUCACGUCAUCAAUUAUCGUGAAGCAAAAAAGCUCGAGGCGGACCUGAUUGUGAGUAGGCAAGAGGCUGAAAAGUUGGAGGCUCGGAUCGACGAACUUGAAAAAGCCAACGCCAGCAAUCUGGAGAGCUAUCUUCCUGAGCGCAUGAGGAAAACUGAGAUAGCCCGAUGUGUUGCUCGUUUGGCGGAAGAAGAAAAAGCGAAGAUCCCGGCCUCGCCCAAAAUCUCCUUGGCCACCAGCGUUGAAGGCGUGGAUGAUGAAGCCGAUGCUGCAGCCGACCAAGAAAAUCCACAAGACCCUCCUGCCUUAUGA